AGGUUGUUUAGCGCCCAGGCCAUCGUGAACAAGGGCCCUAACGCAGGCGGAGGCGGCAGAUCGUCGUCGGCGCCGCUCAGCUCUCGUCCCCGCCCACGCAUAGCUGAAUGCCUUGUUGGUGAUGAGACCGGAACCAUUAUUUUCACUGCCCGUAAUGAGCAAAUUGAUAUAAUGAUACCAGGCACCACUUUGAUUCUUCGUAAUGCAAAGAUUGACAUGUUCAAGGGGUCCAUGCGGCUAGCAGUUGACAAAUGGGGUCGUGUUGAAGUCACUGAACCAGCUAAUUUUGUUGCCAAAGAAGACAACAAUCUGUCUUUAGUUGAGUAUGAAUUAGUAAAUGUUGUGGAAGAAUAAGUUGUUUUCCGUGGAAGUGAAUUGAUUGAGGUAACUAGGAGGUUUUUGUCUUUUUCUUCAUGUGAAUUAUGAUCAGGGUGAACUAUGAAAAUUGUUUGCAAAUUCAAAUGUCUGUAAUUUUUCGUUUAAAUGGAAUUAUUUUGCAUCAUCACAUGUGCCAGUACUUUGACUUCCUUCAAGGAGAAGUGAAGAGACUUUUCUUGUUGAUAUA